AUGUCCUUCAGGUUUCUUUUUGAACCCAGAUAUACUUGUAAAUUAGAUUGUGCUUUCGGCUAUUUCGCAUAUGAUGGAAAAUGCAAACCAUGUAAUAUUGAUUGCUCUAGAUGUACAGGACCAUCAGAUAAGUAGUGUACUAAGUGUUAGUUUUUGAAAUUAUUGCAAGAAAAUUAGUGUGUGGAUAAAUGUGAUGAGAAAUAAGGAUAUUAUCCUAAUUAUGAUUUGGGUAUUUGCGAGAUUAAACAUUUUUAAUGUAAAGGAAAUUGCGAAACUUGUGAAUAAUAAAAUUCUACUAUUUGUUUGUCUUGUAAAAAAGGCUUUUUUAAAUAAGAUGAUAAGUAAUGCUCAAGCAAAUGUACUUAAGGACUUGUCGGAAACUAAGAAACAUAAGAAUGUGUAAGACCUUCUGUUGGAUGUCUUUAAUAAAAUGAUUCUAGUACAUGUAAUAAAUGUGAUACUAGUAAAGGAUAUAGAUUAGGUUCAGAUAAAAAAUGUAUUUUAUGUAAGUAAAAUUGCUCCUAAUGUAAUCCUAAAAAUGUAGAAGAGUGUUUAGUUUGUGACGGAAAUAAAUUCAAAAUUUACGGUACUAGUUGUGUAGAAAGAUGUCCAGAUUCUAGUUUUUUAUCUAAUAUUAGUAAAAAAUGUGAAAAUUGUUCUCAAAAAUGUUAAUAAUGUAAUUAAUCAGGUUGUAUAAAAUGCGAAGAAGGCUAUUAUAUUGAUACUAAAACAAAAAAGUGUGCUUAGUGUUCUUCUAAAUAUACUAAUUGUUAAUCAUGUGAUAGUCUAUCUUGUAAAAAAUGUAAUAAUGGAUAUUAAUUUGAUCCUUUAAAAAAAUAAUGCUAAUAAAUCUCUGUUAAAUCUGGAACUAUUGUAAAAACAGGAACUACUGUAAAAACUGGAGUUACUGGAGCUACUAGAACUAAUGGAGCUACUGGAGCUACUGAAGCUACUGGAACUACUGGAACUACUGGAACUACUGGAACUACUGGAACUACUGGAACUACUGGAACUACUGGAACUACUGGAACUACUGGAACUACUGGAACUACUGGAACAACUGGAAAUACUUUAAAAAAUGUAAAUAAAGGAAACACUAAUAGUGGAGUUACAGGAAACAAAGGAAAUAAUGGAAUAUCAGGAAAUAAAGGAAUAUAAUGCUCAACAGGAUGUAAACAAUGCAAAUAACCUGGAAUAUGCUUAUCAUGUAACUAAGGUUUAUUUUUGAUAAUAGCACGAAAUAAUGCGUAACUUGCUUAAAAAAUACACUAAUUGUAAAGAAUGUACGGAAACUAAAUGCACAGAAUGUAAUUCUGGAUAUACAUAUAAUGA